AUGUUUCAGAACGCCUUUCAGUCGGGGUUCAUCUCCAUUCUGUACAGCAUUGGCUCCAAGCCUUUGCAGGUAUGGGAUAAGCACGUCCGCAACGGACAUAUCAAGCGCCUCACAGACAAGGACAUUCAAAGCUGCGUGCUGGAGGUGAUGGGCACGAAUGUGUCCACGACCUACAUCGUCUGCCCAGCUGACCCCGAGCAAACCCUCGGCAUCAAACUGCCAAUCCUCGUUAUGAUUCUCAAAAACAUGAAAAAGUACUUCACUUUCGAGGUUCAGAUUCUCGAUGACCAAAACAUUCGACGCCGCUUUCGAGCCUCCAACUACCAGAGUACUACUCGCGUGAAGCCGUUUGUCUGCACCAUGCCGAUGCGCCUGGACGAAGGCUGGAACCAAAUCCAGUUUAACCUCGCGGACUUCACUCGUCGGGCCUACGGGACGAACUACGUGGAGACGCUGCGCGUGCAGAUACAUGCAAACUGCAGAAUUCGCCGAAUUUACUUCAGCGACCGCCUGUAUGGGGAGGAAGAGCUGCCUGCCGAGUUCAAGCUCUUCAUGCCCUCGCAGAAGUCGCAGUAG